CGCUCUAUAGCCUACGAGAAAUUUCAAAUUGCUGUUGACCAACUCAACGAGUCCCUCGCAGAAGGAGAACGUGUUGCCGCCACACGUGAGAAGCUGGCUCAGGAUAGAGCAGAGUAUGCCAAGGCCCUGGUCGAUAGAAUCGAGGACGACAAUCUAUUUCACGCCAUCUUCAAGAAAGAUCGCGAUGGAAAUCUCUUCAUUAAAAACCCAUCCACUGCUGAAGUGGUUGAGCAGUAUCCUUUUAGCUCACAUUUACCGUCCAGAGCCUAAAGUGGGGCUACAACUGGUAGUAAACUAG